GCUUGGAUUUGCCCUCUUAGGAAUGGAAGAAGGGGGCGGAGGCCUUUCAGGGCUUUUGGGCCAAGUGGGCCGGCCCGCAAAGCUGGCACUCUACAGAGGCUGAGAGACCCGGGGUGGAGGAAAGCUCGGGGGCCAUCGCUGGGCGCUGAGGCGACGGGCAGAAACCACACUGGCAGUGCCCACACGUGUAUGUUCUCUGAGUCUGCCCCAAGACAGGAUCUUGCCUUGUUGCCCAGGCUGGCCUCAAACUCCUGGCUCAAGUGAUCCUCCGGCUUCAGCGUCUUUGAGUAGCUGGGACUGUAUGUACCUGCCACCAAGCCCAACUCUUUCUCCUCCCUUUUGCCCAUCCCAUUUCUCCUGCCCACUCUCAAGAUGUAGCUCCCAUCUGCUAUGAGCCUUCCCCAGUCUUCGGCCUCCUGGGUUUCCUUUCCUGAUUCUGAGGACACUUGGGGUUAGGACCCAGCUGCACCCUGAGCUGUAACUAUUGCGUGUGUGUCUCUGUGCUCCUGUAGGGUCAGAGUCUGAGGAUUAUACUCAAGUAAUGAAAUUCUCCCUCAGUGGGACCUCCUUUCCUUCCUGCUGUAGGAGAGGGCUUCAGGAAUCAGGACAGUUCAGAGAAGACGGCAUUAGGGUGCAAAAGAGAUUGUCCUCUGAGGCCUGCCUAAACCAUUUUGCCUCCAUGGCUGAGGCCCCCUCCCUUCUGCUCUGUCCCCUACCCUGCCCACUGCUCUCUUCCCCCUUCAGACGUCCCCCACACCACCUGUCUGUCCUCUUGAAUUCCUGGUGGGAAUCCCCCCUUCAAUACAUUCAGGCUCUGUGCCCCUCAGUCAGUUAAUGUGCCACCUGUUUUUGCCCUUCUCCCCACCGCCCCCCCCCUCUGUCAGCUAAUGAUUAUUCAGGGAACUUAACCUGCUGUCCCUGUCCCAAAUCUGUGAAAGUUCUCUUUCGGGCAAGGGUCAUGAGAGUUGUGCCAUGGCCAUGUGACUGCUGGUUUCAUCCCACUCCCUCUGUUGUCUUGGUCCUACUAUUCUGAAAAGCUAAUUGUGUACCUUGUGGCCAGCUCACCUGAACAGAGACUUGAGCAGAAGGCCGGGACUGGGCACCAGUGCUUGGAGGGUCUUGCUGGUUAGGUCUGGAGGGUCUUGCUGGUUAGGUCUGGGUGGGGUGUAGCACAGGCUGAAUGGAGAAUGACUCCUACUCUGCUCACAGAACUUACCUGAUGGCUGAUUCAAAACUACUCCCUUCCCCUGGUGGGGACCCUGUGGCUGUGGAAACCUUGCUCCAGGACGUAUUUGGGAUUGUUGUGGAUGAGGCCAUUCGGAAAGGGACCAGUGCUUCUGAGAAGGUCUGUGAUUGGAAGGAGCCUGAGGAGCUUAAGCAGCUGCUGGAUCUGGAGCUGCAGAGCCAGGGCGAGUCACAGGAACAGAUCCUGGAGCGUUGCCGAGCUGUGAUUCGCUACAGUGUCAAGACUGGUCACCCCCGGUUCUUCAACCAGCUCUUCUCAGGGUUGGAUCCCCAUUCUCUGGCUGGGCGCAUUAUCACUGAGAGCCUCAACACCAGCCCGUACACAUAUGAGAUCGCCCCCGUGUUUGUACUCAUGGAAGAGGAGGUGCUGAAGAAACUCCGGGCCCUGGUGGGCUGGAGCUCUGGGGAUGGGGUCUUCUGCCCUGGUGGUUCCAUCUCCAACAUGUAUGCCAUAAACCUGGCCCGCUAUCAGCGCUACCCAGACUGCAAGCAGAGGGGCCUCCGGGCACUGCCACCAUUGGCCCUCUUCACAUCAAAGGAGUGUCAUUACUCCAUCAACAAGGGAGCUGCUUUUCUGGGACUUGGCACUGACAGUGUCCGAGUGGUCAAGGCUGAUGAGAGAGGGAAAAUGAUCCCUGAGGAUUUGGAGAGGCAGAUCAGUCUGGCUGAAGCUGAGGGUGCUGUGCCGUUCCUGGUCAGUGCCACAUCUGGCACCACUGUGUUGGGAGCCUUUGACCCGCUGGAUGCAAUUGCCGAUGUGUGCCAGCGUCACGGACUGUGGUUACACGUGGAUGCUGCCUGGGGUGGGAGCGUCCUGCUGUCACAGACACACAGGCAUCUCCUGGAUGGGAUCCAGAGGGCUGACUCCGUGGCCUGGAACCCCCACAAGCUCCUUGCUGCAGGACUGCAGUGCUCUGCUCUUCUUCUCCAGGAUACCUCGAACCUGCUCAAGCGCUGCCAUGGAUUCCAGGCCAACUACCUUUUCCAGCAGGACAAGUUCUACGAUGUGGCUCUGGACACGGGUGACAAGGUGGUGCAGUGUGGCCGCCGUGUAGACUGUCUGAAGCUGUGGCUCAUGUGGAAAGCACAGGGUGGGCAAGGGCUGGAGCAGCGUAUCGACCAGGCCUUUGCUCUUGCCCGUUUAUAUGGCUGUCUUCUCCUCUCCACCUGCAAUUUGUCACCCUCUGUUCCCAGGUACCUGGUGGAGGAAAUAAAGAAGAGGGAAGGGUUUGAGUUGGUCAUGGAGCCUGAGUUUGUCAACGUAUGCUUCUGGUUCGUGCCUCCCAGCUUGCGGGGAAAGCAAGCCAGUCCACAUUACAGCCAAAGGCUGUCUCAGGUAGCCCCUGUGCUCAAGGAGCGCAUGGUAAAGGAAGGCUCCAUGAUGAUUGGCUACCAGCCCCAUGGGACCCAUGGCAACUUCUUCCGAAUGGUGGUGGCUAACCCCACUCUGACCUGUGCUGAUAUAGACUUCCUCCUCAACGAGCUGGAGCGGCUAGGCCAGGACCUGUGAGCCUUCUUCCUCUAGAGGCCUCAGUGCCACCCCUCACCCCACUGAGUCUCUCUGCAUUGCCUCCUGUGUUCUCAAAAUAGCCUCUCUAGGAAACAAAGUAGGCUUAAGCUAUUAGGAGAAUGUUUAAAUAACUAUAUCCAUAGGAUGCAAGGUUAUUCUUUCAUUAAAAUUAUAUUUACAAAGAAUUUUUAUUAAUUGAGAAAAAUAAUAUAAUGUUAUGUUGAAAAAGCUGGAUAUAGGACUAUAUAGUAAUGAGCAAUGUUCUGAAAUACAUAGGAAAAGGCUGAUGAAUGAACAAUGCCAGAGUUUGUUUUCCCUGAGAUAAUAGGCAAUUUUAAAAUUGACCCCUUUAUACUUUUGUGCCUUCUCCUUUUACUGUGUAAUGAAUAUGCAUUAUGUAAUAGGAACAUAAUAAAAUUAAAAUUUCAAGUAUAUUA